GGCCUGGGAGAUGGGCAAUUCUAUGCAUGGACAGAUGGUUUGAGAAGAAAGGACUGGCAUGACUAUGAAAGCAUUCAGAAAGAGGCUAUGCGCUCAGGGAAAGGUGAACAUGGGAAACCUUACCCCCUCACUGAAGAGGACCAUGAUGACUCAGCUUACAGGGAAAAUGGUUUCAACAUUUUUGUCAGCAACAAUAUUGCUCUAGAGAGGUCCCUGCCAGAUAUUCGCCAUGCUAAUUGUAAGCACAAGAUGUAUCUGGAAAGGCUGCCAAACACCAGCAUCAUUAUCCCAUUUCAUAAUGAAGGUUGGACUUCACUCCUGCGUACCGUACACAGUAUAAUUAACCGAACCCCAGAGAGUCUGAUAGCAGAAAUCAUCCUAGUAGAUGACUUCAGUGAUAGAGGUAAGAUACAGUUAAUAAUAUUUUAUCUGAUUCUGUUAUUACCUACAUAAUCAUUACAGGCUUUAAAAAAAAAGACAGAGGAUUACUGUGAUGUUUCUUUCUGAUUCUAUCUGAAAGGUGAUUAAGAAGUUUUGUCUAUGUUAUGAUUUCAUAAAAUGUUGGCUAAAUGCAAAAG